GAGUAGCUAAUUUCAAAGAUGCUUUUACAGAACUUGUCAUUUACACUAAUAGUAAACAAGUAAUUCUUCACAAAAAGAGGGGAGGGAGAAGUGGGUUAGUAGCAUAAUUUCUCUCAGCCGACACAGCUGUCCCUAGAUGGCGUUGGUAAACAAUAGCCAUCAUCAAAAUACGACUUAUUUCUUACAAAAACUUAUUUUUGCUUCCUGGAAUUGCUGAAUAACGUGUGAAAAAGACGUAUGGUUGUGGUUUCUCGGUCAUGUGAUGACCUUAACUCAGUUCCUGCGCCUCAGAACAACAACGCUUUUCGUCAAAAGCUCCACGCGGCGCUGGUCUGAACCGGUUCGGAGAAUGCGCGGUCUCGUGCGCCCUGCAGACGUCUCGCAGUGCUUCUCGCUGCAUUCCGCGCGCCACCAACAGUCUCGACCCUCCCUUCCUACGCACGCUCAUUACGUUUUCUCUUUCCUCAUUGGCUCAGAAUGUAGCGGCUCAGCCACCUUUUCCGCCUGCUGCGUGGACAGCGACACUAUACAAGAAUUGGGAUUGGUCAUCUGGCGUCCGAGCCUUUGUUUUGGGGCAGGGCACGAGACGUGGAGGAGUGGAGUUGUAAACUCAAGCGCGUGCACUUUUCAGCACCAAUACCGCGUGGAUAGCAGCCAAACGGACCAGACAGAGUUGCUCCAUCGGUUAGCUUGUUUCGGUUUUGAUAGUCGCUGUUGUUACGUUGAAAAAAAACCUUUUUUUUUUUUUUUUGUAGCGGUUCUGACUCUUCAGGCGGGAACCCAAAGCGGCGAGGCUUUAGCUUUGUUUGCCUCGGCGGCAAAAAAAAAAAAAAAAAAAAAAAGCUGCGUCUCGGUUGAAAAGGAGGUAAAAGCAUCCUUAUUUUCCUCGUCGCUGUUUCGAAUUAGCUUUUUUUGUCGGGGUUCGACAAACUGAUCCACGACAAGACUAAAUGGCUGGAAUCGACGGAAGACAAAGGUGAUAUACAGAUCAACUUUCAUCCUAGCCGGUUCGGUCCAGAUAGCGGUUGAGCAAGUGGUCUUGUUUUUAAGCCAUAUUACAGCCUGCUCACACCGCUUGCCUCCAUUGUGAGCGCAACUCUGCCAUUCCCUCUGCCGCCCCAAUCCCGCGCUCCCACCACGCACACCUGAGUGCCUCCCCCUCUUCACUUGGCGUAUUUCUAGCUGUUUUGUAAUUAAAUCUACAUUAGAAACAAUGUGUUCUCGGGUCUGGUUCGUGACCGACCGGCGUAUCAGCCAGGAGUACCCUCAGGUCCAGAUCCUCCGGGCUCUGAAGGAGCGCUGUGCCGACGAGGAUGUUGAAUUCCGCUACCUCCUCAUGGAUCAGAUCGUGCUAACGAUCAGCCAAGGGCAGCUAGGUCUGCGAGUGGAACAGGAAAUGGUAACAUCUUAUCCUCAGGUGGUGGUUGUGCGGGUCCCCACGCCCUGGGUUCAGUCUGACAGUGACAUUACCGUGCUACGCCACCUGGAGAAGAUGGGCUGCCGGCUGAUCAACCGACCCCAGGCCAUACUCAACUGUGUCAACAAAUUUUGGACCUUUCAGGAACUAGCCGGCCAUGGGGUCCCUCUUCCUGACACCUAUUCUUACGGGGGGCACGACAACUUCCGUAAGAUGAUCGAUGAGGCCGAGCCGCUAGGAUACCCGGUGGUGGUGAAGAAUGCACGUGGCCACAGAGGCAAGGCUGUGUUCCUGGCACGCGACAAACACCACCUGACAGAUCUGUGUCACUUGAUUCGCCAUGAAACGCCCUACCUGUUUCAGGAAUAUGUGAAGGAGUCUCACGGUCGUGACGUGCGGGUGGUCCUGGUGGGCGGCCGUGUUAUCGGCUCCAUGCUACGCUGCUCCACCGAUGGACGCAUGCAGAGCAACUGCUCCCUGGGUGGUGUGGGGAUGAUGUGCCCCCUGAGUGAGCAGGGCAAGCAGCUUGCCAUCGAAGUGUCCAACAUCCUGGGCAUGGAUGUGUGCGGCGUCGACCUCCUGCAGCUCAACGACGGCUCGUUUGUGGUUUGCGAGGCUAAUGCCAACGUGGGCUUCAUUGCCUUCGACCAGGCCUGCGGGAUUGAUGUGGCGGGGAUUAUAGCUGACUUUGCUCUUUCGACGCUCCCCAGCCGCCUGACUCGGAAGAUGUCCCUACUGUCUGUCGUGUCCAGCACCAGCGAGACCAGCAGCGAGCCCGAGGUGUGCAUCGUGAACAUGGGCGGCGGCUCCCUGCCCGAGGCCGUCUGCAACAUGAGCGUAGGUUCUUCCUCGAGCGAGAGCGACCCAGAGCUGGCCGAGCCAUCGCAGUCGUCGCCCCGCCACUCCUCGGCCUCCGCCCUGUCCGACCUCCCCGGCCUGCCUGACGCAGCUUACAACUUUAACACCCUCCUGGCCAAUGAAAUCAAGCUAUUGACUGAGUGAGAAUCAAACAACUUUACAUACACACCACAAUCACACACGUACAGUACAUACACUAGUACAAGCAUUCAUUUCAAAAAACACAUAUUGCUUUGAAACAAAAAAAUCACAACAUGUUCAGUGAAAAAAAAAAAAGGUGAGAGAAACAGACCACAUGUUAUGACUCAACAGAGGCAAACAUCUAAACACGAGGCUUCUACUUUUGACGAACAGAUCUACGGCUGCUCCCCUGACUCUUUUCUUUCCAUCUUUUUUUAAACGACCACAGAGGUAUGAGAAGCAGCAUAUGGUGUCACAGCGUAUGAGAUAACUGCCAAAACUGGCCUCUGCUAAUGUGUAUUUGUUUAGUUUUUUUUUAUGGGUGAAGAUUUUCAUUAAAUGCCAUGUUUAUCCCUCCUCACAUAUGAAAGGUUCUCCUGGUGUGGUAAGGUUUGGUUGACGAAAGUAUUUCUAGGUUGAGUGUUCACACAUGCUAGGCAUUUUCUGUCUGUUCCAAUUUAGUACCGAAGUGUUCCUGAGGAGGACAGAAAACAAGAUGGAGUCCAAAACUGAAGGUGUGCAAACUUUAUGUCAGUGGGUAGUUGUCAUGUUCUGCUAAAACUCGCACGUCGCAAUAAAUUCACGACCAUUUCAGUUUACAUUUCAGCUUGUGUGUUGGAUUACCAGCAGCAGCUCUGCUUUUUUUUUUUUUUUUAUCCAUUAUAUGCCUAGCACUUUAUUAAAACAGCUUUGUCUUUUUUCUCUCCUAGAUGACAUAUUUAGGAAAAAUGAAACCGUAUUCAUCACCUGAAAGCAAAAUUUACCUCAAAGCAGAGAUGUCUCACUGCCAUAGGACGUCACAGACACACAGAACAUAUCAGCUUAGAUCCUAACACCUUCCAGACCAGGUGUUCCUCCCCUUUAUGUCUCGGACCUAAAAUAUCGUAUUUUAUGUUUAUGUUACAUUUGAAAUUCUUUUCUUUUUUUUUUCUUUUUUUAUAAAUAAUAGAGAUAGCAGAAUUAGCUUCAUGACACAUUAGUAUGCAGCUGAUGAAACUGGAACAGCUGGAGAGGGAAAAAACGGUCAUCUUAGUUGUGGACAAGCUAGAUUGUACAGACCAAACUGUGAUUUUUAAAAGGCUCACGCUGGUGCUAACUGUUGUGGAUGUGGUUAGUUCACAGGGUUAAUGUAGGUUAAUUGUGUUUUUUUUUUUUUAUUGUUCUCAUAAAUCCUUUGUUAGUUGUUGAAGAAAAUCAACCUACCUUGAAACAAAAAUGGAAAAUAUAUUUCCUUUAACAGGAUGUUAUUUUUUCCUUAUAGAGUAAAGAAACAAAAAGAAAAAAUCCAGGGAUUUUAGCAGCCAAGACUUUAUUGUUUACAGUUUUUUGUUCCUAUGAAUUUACUUUCUGGAUAACUUGUGACAUUAAAGACAGAGGCAUAAGGUAUAUCCAUUACUUACGAAUACUUUGAGACCAACUUUGAUCAAAAGCACAAAUAUAAACUCUAAAUCGUCCACAUAGUUGUCUUUAGGCUUGUAAACCCUUUCUGUUGGACACAACUCAGGGAAGCAGCCUGGAUCUCAGUCCUGACCCCUUCCACAAAGGCAUGGAAUAUCCAUCCAAGCUUGAAACAUGUCAGAAACAUAACACGUACUUACACGUAGACCAAAAAAAAUAAACAACAAUGAAAAAAGGUUGUAAACUACAGUAUAAGACAUGUGGUGUAUACCAUGGUUAACAUGUACUUUUUUCCUUGCUUGUUUCAUGAUGUUCCAUGUUUUCUUCCUAAUUUAUGGGAUUUUUGAAGAAAAAAAGUGGUUUGUGUGCACUAAUAUUGUCUCAAUAAAGUGAAACCUCUGUGAA